GUGACCGCAGACAAUAACCGCUAGGUCAACUCAAAUGCUACAAAGUAUCUGGAUGCGUCUGCAUAAUAUUGACAUUGGAGGGAACCGUCGACAAGCAUUUCGACAUCAUUACGUGGCACGUUUACAAUACUAUGUGGCAGCUAGUUAUUCGCUGAGCAAGUCUGGACAUUUUGUAAAGCUUUCUCUUCCUAAGAAUUUUUUUUUUUCAUUCUGCGAAUUGUUGGAUGCGAGCACAUUGCGUUCGACAGGACCACAUAGCCCCCCUAAAGAUUGUUCGUGGGAGAGUAGGGGAGGGGCUUGAAGGCAUCCGAUAAGGAACUACGUUCAGUUUGAAAGGUGCGUCGCAGCUUCUGUCCGUCGCCGAAGACCGAGAUUAGCAAGUGAUGCGAUCUGAGAUUUGCUGACAUCCCCCUCAGCGGCGACUGGUGUGUGAGUCCACCAUGACUGCCCUACGGCAGAGGAAGGGCAGCAAAGGGAAGGAAUCUGGCCCUGAGAUUCAGAACCUGAACCCAGAUUCAUCAGCAGUACCUCCUCAUAGGACCAGUCCAGAUGUUUGGACAGGCUGGACAAUACUUUGUGGAACAUUUGGGGCCCUUGUUGGGGUAUGCCUUGGCCUUGCCUGUUGUAUCUAUGUGGCGACGUUGCACGAAAAUGACCUGUGGUUUUCCAACAUUAAGGAGGUUGAGCGUGAAAUCUCUUUUCGGACUGAAUGUGGCCUGUACUACUCCUACUACAAACAGAUGUUGAAGGCCCCCACCAUUCAGCAAGGCCUCGUCGAGCUCAUCAAUGACAACAUGACAGAAUCCAAGAGAACCAUUAACCUCUUGCAGCGCAUGAACAUAUACCAGGAAGUCUUCCUCAGCAUCCUCUACAGAGUUCUGCCCAUUCAGACGUACCUGGAGCCAGUGUAUUUCUACAUCUACACGGUGUUCUCUCUCCAGGCCGUGUAUGUCAUCGCCCUUUACAUCACCAGCUGGCUGCUCAGCGGCUCCUGGCUGGCGGGGGUCCUGGCGGGGGUCUGGUACAUCCUUAAUAGAGUGGACACCACACGUGUGGAAUUCACCAUCUCGCUCAGGGAGAACUGGUCAUUGCCAUUUUUUGCUCUGCAAGUGGCGGCCAUCACUUGCUAUCUGCGGCCUCAGCUGAAGCCCAUUCACCAGAGGGUGGUGCUCUGGCUGGUCUUUGUUUCCACCUUCUGUUUCUGCCUCACCUGGCAGUUCAACCAGUUCAUCCUCUUCAUCCAGGCCCUCAUCUUCUUCACUCUGGAUGCCCUGGACUUCCUCAGCCCUGAGCAGGUGACCUCUCUGUACCUGGUGCAGGCGAUCAGCCUGCUGUCUGUGUGGCUGCUGCAGUUCUGUAACUCUAUGAUCCUCGGCUCCCUGGCCCUCAGCUUUGUCGUGGCGGCCCUUUCCGUCAGACACUUCCAGAGGGGGCUGAAGUCCGGGGGACUGCUGUCACGAGUGGCGAAGCUGCUACUGCACACCUUGUUGGUCCUGGCAUUAGCUCUCAGCAUUAAUUAUUUAGCCAAGAGAGCACUGCAGCUUUGGUCUGACGAGCACAUCUUUAAGUUCAUAAAAGCAAAGUUUGGCCCUGGGGCCACCAGGGACUUUGAUGCCAGUCUGUAUCUGUGCGAGGAGGCCUUCGGGCUGCUCCCGCUGGACACCUUUGAGCGUCUGGGGGGCACGCUCAUGCUGUACCCGUACCUGUCCACCCUCAGCGUGCUGCUCAUCAUGCUGGCGCUGGUGGCCCUGGCCAACCUCAGUGACUCAGGCUUUGCUCGGGCACGUGUGGCAGCAUCCAGAGAUGAGUCGCUCAUCCGCAUGAGGCCAGACGUCGCCUACAAUCUCCUGCACACCGUCUUCUUCGGCCUGCUGGCCUUCAGCACCAUGAGGAUGAAGUACUUGUGGACUGGACACAUGUGUGCCUUUGCUGCCUACGGUGUAUGUGGCAAGGACAUCUGGGAGCUAUAUCUGAGGGUCAUUCAUUGCAGUACCAAAGCCAAGUUAAGGCUUAUUAGAUACACGGUUCCAAUUGUAAUUCUUGCAUUCCUCUAUUACAAGUUCUGGCCCAGACUGAUGGAAGAAGUCUCCGAACUGAGGGAAUUCUAUGACCCGGACACCGUGGAGCUCAUGGCCUGGAUAAGCUCAAAGACCCCCAAGAAGGCAGUGUUUGCAGGCAGCAUGCAAUUGCUGGCUGGAAUCAAGCUCUGCACGGGAAGGGUUCUGACCAAUCAUCCACACUACGAAGACAAGGCCCUGAGGGAGAGAACCAGACAGGUGUACCAGGUGUACGCGCGGCAGUCACCAGAGGAGGUGCACCGGGUGCUGCGUGCGGCAGGAGCCGACUACGUGGUGUUGGAGGACAGCAUCUGCUACGAGAGGAGACACAGCCGCGGCUGCCGCCUCCGAGACCUGCUGGACCUGGCCAACGGACACGUGAUGGACGGCGAGGGAGAGAACGACCCCGACCUGGUGGCGUCACCCGACCCGAGGUUCUGCGACGCCAUCAAGACAGACUCGCCGGUCUACUCAUCCCUGUUCACGCGCGUCUUCAAGAACAAGACCUUCAACGUGUACCGACUGAAGAAGCCCAAGAAGAAGGGUCGAGGGGAAGGCAAGGCAGUGGACAGGGCUGUCUAGUCAAGCCUCCCUUCCCUCCUUCCAUCUGACCCCUCCCCCAGCUUCCAGCCUCCAGCCUGGCUAUCUUGACAGGCAUCCUGAGCUCUGGUAUGUGUGAUCACACCAGAGAAAGGAAGAGGAGACAAUGAAGGGUAGUUUGAUGCGCAUGUGGGUCUGUGUGUGUGUGUGUUGUGGAGGGGGAGUCCAGGAAGAGAGAUGUUGAUUGGAAAAAGCUGGCCUGAUUGAGGCUGCGAGACAGACGGGUGAGCUCAUGCAUACCAAUCCUGGGCUCAGAAUCAGGCAGCAUAGACAACAGGGAAAGUGAGGAUGAAAAUGGCGCUCUGGAAAGCAAAGGCAUCAGAGCGUUUUUUUUUUACAUUUUUUUUUUUUAACCCGCUCCAACACAAACUGCACACGCACACACACACACACACACCACACACACACAGCUUUUCUUGCCUCUUUCACUGAGUUACAAAUAGAGGCAAAACGAAAGCCAGGAUGACAGUGGAUAAAAAAGGGAGAGCCUUUGAUAUGGGAGCGAUCCGGAAAGAGCCGGAGUGGUUUGGGCAAUUGAGAGUAGUCCAGGCUCCAUCACAGCCCAGCUGCCAGGGCCAAACUCAGACACACUGUCAUGUCUUCAUCUGACUCAGAAGCUUUUUCCUUUUUAAUAACCGCACUCAGCAGUUGUACGCUGCCAGGGAACACACUCACACAAACAAGCAAACAAACAAUUUGUGUGAAUGCGAUAAGUGCCAUACACUCGCAAUGCAGUAAAGAGCUUGAUGGUCUUAUCACUGUGAAUAUCAUUUUUGUCUAUUAAUAACUUUAAUUGGAGGUACAAUUUAGUCUUUUUUACAUUUACUUCUAUGGUACUGAUAAGAUGUUUGUCUAAAAUCUUUGUUUAUAUGCCCUGUGUUAAUGGUAUUAAUAGAAGUGUUUCAUCUAGCUUAUUAAACCCCUGAGAUUGGCCAGCCUAUUAUUAUAACCUUCCAUACACAACAAAAAGGUUGCACUCAAGAGGCGCUGAACAAAUGAGUGUGUGAUCUCUGCAUUCUCACGUGGUAAAUUACGCCUUAAUUAGGGGGAAGCUUGGAUGCCUGUGCCAUUAUUGUCAUCUAACCUCAGUGCGUUAGCCCCAUUUAGUAAAGCACCCUCAAUUAGUACGCUGAAUGUUUAUGAAUAUUUUCAAAGCUUUUUUAAGUGUUUUUUUUAUUAUUAUUUGAAUGAGCUGCUGACUUGCAAUGCUUUCUACAAGGUCUUACGUAGUGUUUGGUGUUUUGUUCUUUAGUAUGUAUCCAGAUCAAGUAAAGUGGCAUGGUCCUAUUUGUAUUUUCACUGGUAAUUUAUGAUUCAGAAGGCUGACUUCAUGUAAGUGCCUUGCUGUUGCUAACCAUAACAUUGUUAAUGAUUGGUUUUAGCCAGAUGGUUAACAUAUGAGCUGCACUUUGUCUCGUAUUGUUACAUUUCCUCUUCUCUGUAUUUGUCUGUGUGCUGUGCAGCUCUGUGAAUAAGGUGGGGAUCUAGACCUAGACAAGGUCUAGACAAGCGUUGCCCAUAGACAGUAAAGGUGUUGCUCCCAGAAAUAUUGCGGCCGCGUUUACGAUGCCACCUUGUUGACGGACAAUGCGGUAUCUAGCUUUCUAAUAUCUAUGAUCUAGACUCUGCAGAGCUCCGACUGGAUCAGCUCCAGUGCUCCAGCUGUCAUUGGCUCCAUCACCAGGGUGAGAAGAGGCAAGAGAGGGCUGUUUGCGCAGCACUGAGAGCACUAGCACAUUUGCUCCCCACUCUGGCUUUGGGUUUUCAAAGCUCCCAGUGUGGUAUUGAGAGGGCACCUUGCACUCCUAAAUAACCGUGUGGCUCUUAGCACUGGGUUUGGAUGUCAGGGACGUUGCAAAGGGGACAGCUGAGAACUGCUUCCGGUGGUAUUCCAUCUAUGUCUUGUGCCAAAUCUUCUACUUCACAUCAGAUACCAGUCUAUUUGAAAACAAAUGAACUAAUCAUGGCAAUUCAUAAGGAAAAUGGCUUUCUUCAGGAUGCACUUAUGUUUGUCAGUAUUGUCUACUUGCAUAGUGAACGUAGGAUCUGCUGGCCGUAUGAAAUUGCACUAGAGUAAUAUUGUGGUUUUGAGAGUGACAAAGCUCAUGUUGUUUACAUUUCUUCAGAAAACAUUAAUGUUUGUCAUUAGAGCCAUUUCCAUGAAGCAGUGUGCAAAUGUGUUUUGUGUAUUUGUAAUAAAAUUGAUUUACAUACUUGAAA